UUCUAACCAUGCCGCUAGCUCUAGUCUUAUUCAGGUUGGCAAUGCUGGAGUUCCCUCUGACGUCAUGGGUUCGCCCAUUGGUCAAUUUGGGAAUCCCCUCUCCUAUGCUGCCGACAACAUUGGCGUACACGUGAAACAGUCACUGAAGGAGAGGGUAUGGAAUGGUGAAUACGUGGACCUGGCUCUGCUGACUGACAAACACAUCGACGGCGAGGAGGAAGGUUUUCGAAUGGUGACUGACAGCACAGUGGGCACGUUUUCGGAAAGUAGCACCAGCAGCAGAUCUAACACCAACACCAGUACCACAAGACAUCUGGCAGAUCUAGACCAGGAGGCACAGAGGCUUCUUCAGCAGUCACUUUCCAGCAACACAUGGGCAACUUAUGAAACUGUCAUAAACACCUUGCACACCUUCCGGGCAGCGCAUAAUCUGGAUCAGGUUUGGCCGGUACCAAUUGACCACAUGGUACACUUCAUUGCUUACAUGUCUUUGAGGCAAUUUUCAUUUGUAAAGACAUAUAUAUCAGCGUUAUCCACUUAUCAUAAACUUAAGGGGAUAGCACAUUGAACAGAGCAUUUCCUGAUACAUAAGCUCCUUGCUGGCAUGAGUAAAGGAAACACUACAACAGAUAUUCGCUAGCCCAUUACACUUGAUCUUUUACAAGUCGUCAUUUCAGAUUUGCCAUUUGUCUGUACAUCAUCCUUCGAAGCAUGCCUUUUUUCAGCAGUUUUCCGCGUUGCCUUCUUUGGAUUUUUCAGGGUAGGU